AUGGCGCAGCGCGCAUUGUUGGGUUUAACACUGGCACGCACCGGUCGCGGCUUGGCCUUGCGCUUGCCGACUCGGGUUGUUGGCUCGACACCGGCGUUCCGCAUUGUGAACGCUCAUACCCGUCGCUACAUGGGUACAACGGAGCAUAUCGAGCAGGACGCUGCAGCCUCUCCCUUGGAGCGCAUGGCCCCAGAUCGCAAGCCAUCAUUCGACGAUACCAUGAGUCUCCUCCGCAAGGCACAGCACGAUCCCCUGAUCCACGCUGUCUGGUUGGACUUGGAUGGUUACGCCGCACCCUUGACCAGAACAGCCGAGCUAGUCCAGCGUAUUCAGCAACUGCAAGCGGCUGGAACCAAGGUUUACGUCUAUGGCACAGUCAUUACACACGCGGUGUGUUUGGGUGCACCACAACUCUUUGGCAUUUUUAUCAUCAUGCCAGUGGCUCUUGUUGGCGCGGCCGCUGAGCGUUUCUUUGCCCCCAGCUCUGCCUCUGUCAACUUGCAUGGCUUCUCCUUCCGCGUCUCGGCCUACAAGCCGUUCUUACAAAAGCUUGGCCUGGAUGUAGAGGCGGUCCGCUCUGGCGAGUUUAAGGGUAUUGUCGAUACCUUUGCUGCCGAUGACGUCAACCCGGCGGUCGUGCAAAACAUGGGCGAUCUGCUUCGCGGCAUGACCAAAAGCUACACGGAGCGCCUCAGUCAGCUCGUGGAAAGCCUGGAUGCGACCGCCGCGGCUCAAUUGCUGGUCGAUUCGCCCGCCAUUGAUGACUUGGCCCAGCAUUUUCCAAAUCUGCAGAUUGCUUACAAAGACGAAGCAUAUGCGGAUGUGGUGCGCACGCACAAGCCCGAUGCUGCACCAAAAACGCGCUUUGUCGUUCCAGAGAAGCGCUACGCUCGCUUUUCUUUGAAAAAGAUUGGAGUCGCCAUCUCUGCCAAGUCUUCACGCGUCGGUGUCAUCCGUUGUGGCGGCACCAUUGUCUCUGGCAAGGGGCAACGUGGCUCCUUUGGGCAGGACAACAUCAUCCCCAUGUUGUGGGAAGCGCAUCGGCGAGCCGACAUUGAUGCUGUGGUGCUGCGGGUCGAUUCUUCGGGUGGCUCUGCGCUGGCCAGUGAUCUCAUUGCGCGCGAGGUGGCGCGCUUGGCAGCUGUGAAACCGGUCGUGGCCAGCUUCGGGACCCUGGCCGCUUCUGGCGGCUACUACAUCUCGGCACUAGCUCACACUAUUGUAGCUGAUCCGAUGAGCAUCACGGGCAGCAUUGGCGUGGCCAUGCUCCGACCCAACGGUCAAAAGCUCAUUGACGACAUGAUGGGCGUGCGCCAUCACUUGAUCAGUGAGCCCGGCCCACUGGCACGCGUCAAUGACUUUUAUGCACCCAUGUCUCCCGAGGUCCGCGCCUACUUGGACAAGCGCAGUGAAGAGGUGUACCAUGCCUUUCUCAAGAUUGUUUGUCAAGGGCGAGGCAUGAGCUUGGAGGAGGCCGAGAAGCAUGCCAAAGGUCAAGUGUUCUCGGCUGAACAAGCACAGCAGCGCGGCCUUGUGGAUCAACUUGGGAGCCUGCAGGAUGCAGUGGACCAGGCGGCUAAACUUGCGCAAAGGCGACAAGUCACGCCUGGACAAACCCUUUAUGAAGUUUUGCGGCCCAAGAUGUCCUUCCUUCAGCGCCAGUUUAUGGGCUCCAACAAGUUUGUGAUUGAUGCUCUCGGCUUCCCCAACAUCAAUCAGCUUCUUGCGUCAGGAAUUGUACUUUUCCUUUGUGUCUUUGCUCUUUACCUCUCUCUUUCUCAAACCGACCAAACCAAUUCAUUCUCUCUCUCUCUCUCUCUCUCUUGUCUCUCUCGCCUUACAUAUAACAAGCCUUUUCUCAUCAACGUCAUCGACUCCCCGGGUCAUAUUGACUUUUCUUACGAGGUCUCCAGCGCCGUGCGUCUCUCCGAUGGCUGUAUUGUGCUAGUGGAUGUGGUCGAAGGCGUCAGCGCACAAACGCACGCCGUGCUUCGCCAGGCUUGGAUGGAGAACCUCAAGCCUUGUCUCGUUCUCAAUAAACUCGAUCGGCUGAUUCUGGAAUUACAAAUGACGCCCGAGGAGGCGUACGAGCACAUGCAGCGUAUUCUGGAGCAGGUCAAUGCCAUCACGGCGUCGCUGUUUACCAGCCGCAUGAUUGCCCGCUUGGACCAGGAGCAAGAGAACACCACCGAUACCGGCGAGGGCGCUGUUGAGUUUGAGUGGGACGAUACGAUGGAUGAUGAUUCGGGUCGCUAUUUUGAGCCCGAAAACGGCAACGUCGCCUUUGCGAGUGGAUACGAUGGUUGGGCGUUUAGUGUGGACAGUUUUGCCACCUUGUUGGCUCAAAAGUUCAAGUGCAGUGAACGUGCUCUGCGCCGAUGCCUCUGGGGUGACUACUAUCUCACGCGUGAGAAGGGUGUCACCAAGGUCAAAAAGGGUGCGCGCAUGAAAGCUAAAACGCCCAUGUUUGUCAAGUUUGUCCUCGAGCCGAUUUGGGAGCUGAACAAGGUGAUUAUGGACAACAAUGAUCGUGAGCGCAUGCAGAAGAUGAUUGCGGCCCUCAAUGUCAAGGUCUCUGCCCGUGAACUUCUGGCUGACCCACGGACGAGGUUGACUGGUGUCAUGUCAGCUUGGUUGCCCUUGGCCAAGACCAUUUUGGAUUUGGUCUGCCGUGUGCUGCCCAGUCCCAAGCAGCUCGAGACUGAACGUUUUCACAACUUGCUCAACACUGGUCUUGCGCCGACACAGGCCCUGCCUGAGGCCCGACAGCGAUUGGCCGAAGGCAUGUGCGCUUGUGCCGUCGACGAGGCAGCCCCAGCCGUCGUUGCCUACGUGUCCAAGAUGGUAGCCGUCCCUCGUGCUUCCUUGCCAGAGAACGAGCGUCAACAAGCGUCCAUGGAAGAACUGCAAAAGCGCCGAGCCUCGAUCAUUGCACGUCGAAAGGCUGAGGCAGGCGAAGCGAAUGUCGGCGAAGCGAAUUCGGACUCGGAUAUGCCACUCGUCGAUGCAGAUGGGCAUCCGCUGGAUGCCAACACCAACUCGAAUACGAGCACCGCCGAAGACGAGGCCACUGCUGCGGAGGAAGCGCCAGAGGACCCCAUCGCCUUUGUGGCCUAUGCACGGGUCUUCUCAGGCACCCUUCGCCCGGGCAUGCAGAUUCAUGUUUUGAGCCCAAAGUACGAUCCUGCGCGCCCAACCGAGCAUGUGACCACAGUAACCGUGGGUCGACUCUAUCUCUUCAUGGGCCGAUCAAUGCUGCCCUUGCAAGAAGCUGUCGCUGGGACUGUGGUGGGCAUUGGAGGACUUGAUGGAACGGUGCUCAAGUCUGCCACCUUAUCCAGUUCUCUCGAAUGUCCGCCUCUGAGCGGCAUGUAUCAACACGUCAAGCCCAUUGUGCGUGUUGCUCUGGAGACGGAGCGUAUUCAAGACAUGGCAGCCCUGAAGCGCGGCCUGAUCUUGCUGAACCAGGCCGAUCCUUGCGUUGAGACGUAUGUGCAAGAGACCGGAGAACACGUGCUGGUUGCCGCAGGCGAGGUGCACAUUGAGCGCUGCCUGACAGACUUGAAGGAACAGUUUGCUCCCGGCAUUAAGAUCCACGUUUCCCCGCCGAUCAUUCCCUUCCGCGAAACAGUGAUUCCACCACCCAAGAUGGACCAAGCAAAUGAAGAAAUCGCACUCCAAGCCGACAAGGGCGAGCGCAACGUUUAUCUCCUGGAUGACAGCGUGGAAGUAGAUGAUGACAUGAUCGUCACUGUGGCAACGGCGGAUAAGGCAUGGACGCUGCGCGUUCGCGCUGAGCCUCUUCCAAGCCCCAUGCUGGCUUUUCUGGAUGAAAAUCAAGAUGGUCUGCGUGCGCUGACCUCACGCCUUGAUGAAGGGGAUCGUUCUGAUCCUGGUACGACCGAGGAGAGCGAAGAACGUGCACGGGCAGUGCUCGAGGCAUUUCAAGCUGCAGUCGCGAACAAAGAUGACCCUUGCGACUUGUUGCCAGAGGACGUGGUGGCCUUUGGGCCACGAGGCUGUGGCCCCAACAUCUUGGCCAGCAAUCUUCCCGAGCUGCAAAGUAUCGCGCUCUUUGCCAAGCUUGGCGUCAUGUCACUCCCACCGGCAGCAGACUUGAAGACCGACGUUGUCAAUGCCCUCAACUCAUUCAAAGUCGGCUUUGAGAUUUUCGCCCAGACUGGGCCUCUCUGCGAUGAGCCCGUACGUGGCGUCUGCAUCCGGGCCUUCCUUGUGCAACCCUGCCGCUUGAUGCUGGCCAUGUUCAAGUGCAAUCUACUGGUCAACUCGAAUGCCCUUGGCAAGGUCUACACGGUCAUCAACAAGCGCGGUGGCCGCGUUGUAUCGGAGGAAAUGAAGGACGGCUCUGAUAGUUUUGAGAUCUUGGCACACAUUCCCGUCACGAAUAGCUUUGGAUUUGCCGAAGAAUUGCGCAAACGCUCUUCGGGCCUGGCCGUCCCUCAGUUGAUUUUCAGCCACUGGGAGGUCUUGGAGGAAGACCCUUUCUGGAUUCCGACAACAGAAGAGGAGAAGGCGCAUUUCGGCGACAAAGGCGAUGCACCCAAUGUGGCACGUGACCACAUGAACGGCAUUCGCAAGCGUAAAGGUCUUGCUGUUGAAGAAAAGCUCGUGGAGCACGCAGAGAAGCAGCGCACCAUGGCUCGCAAGAAGUGA